CCCGCCCACUUCUUUGCGUCACCGCAGCGCGACUCGGCGGCAGGCGUGUUUUCUGUGGAGAGCAGAAUCGAGCUCAAGACAGAGAGAAAGAGACGAUGUAAAACACGUUUGUGAGUGGACAUAAGGAAUUUACAACCGUGUCAGUGUGGGAAUGAGAUGAAACAGACCUGACAGACUCAAGGCUUCCUCCGUUGCAGCUUUGUGGGUGAUCGUGAUGGAGAAGUGUCUGUGGUGCACCACCGCCCUUGAGGUGGAGGGUGACGCGGCGAUAGUCGCCAUGUUGCGUCGCUACUGCUCAGGACGGCUGUCCGAGAGGGAGAGGAACUCUCUGAAUGAAGACCUCAGCUGCUGUCUGGAGUGUGUGGUGGAAUACCAUCGAGCCAGAGACGGGGUCCCUGAUCUGCACAAGCGUUUGUGGGAAAUGGAGAAGGCUCGACUCAUGAAUUUGUUGGGAACCACUCUGGACAAGGAGCUGGAAGAGGAUGAUAUCUUUAUUAUUGAAGAUGAUCAUGAGAAGCCUGUGUCGAAAAUCUCUCCUGCAGAAUUCCAUGACAAUCUCCGUUUCCUGCUGUUUGAAGUCCUGAAGUAUCCAUACUUGCUUUGCUGCCGUGAUCUGUGUGAUUUGGUGGUAAAGGCUUUGUGCAAGUUGCAGGACAUGAAGCAGUCUUUGACUGUGUUUGAGAAGUAUCAAGGAACAUAUCUGCUUCUCGUUCAUCCCAAUGAACAGGUGCGCCGCUGGGCAAUCGAUACAGCAAAGACCAUGAAGAGUGUGGACCGGGAUGCCUACUAUGACCUUCAGGAGAUUUUCUCCUGCAUGUUUUAUGUCAUUGAGCUUGGAAUAUCUUUGGACUUGCCAGAUUUGAAUCAAGAGUCUUAUGCAGGGGGCGUCAUACAAAUGCUGCCCUCUCACCUCUAUGAUUCGCAAAACAAGAAGAACUACUGGCUAGGUAUCUGUAUGUUACUAACGCAGCUCAGCGCGGAGGCAAUGGACUCUUUGUUCAUGGGACAGUUUAACAUCCCCCUUUGCAUUCUCAAUACAAUGGAUGGGCUGAAAAAUGAGGACAAUCCAGCUUCUGACCCAUUCUGGCCAGCCCUUCACUGUUUUAUGGUAAUUCUGGACCGACUUGGUUCUAAGAUCUGGGGUCAGGUUGACCCUAAUACGGCUUUCCAGACUAUCACGGGUGCAGCAAGUUAUGUUGCGGAAAUAAGAAACAUUCGGAAAAAAACCAUGAGGGGGAUGGUUAAAGUGGAACCUGAAUAUGAUGACAAUAUGGUGACCUGCAGUCAGAUGGUGUAUGACUGUUAUGCCUCAGAAAAAUCUAACCAAGCAUCUAGUUCGUCAUCCAACAGUGGUAUUUCCAGCAACUAUAUGAUCUAUGAGGACAUGCAAUCCCUGGUCACCGUGCUUGAUUCUGAAAUGGGCCAGAGCAUGCGCGUAUACGGCAGCACUUUUCUGUGGUUCAUUCCAUUUGUCCGUUCCAUAAUGGAACUUCCAGAGCUCAACGCUUCCUAUAUUAGUGAAGUCAUCCACUAUCUUUGUGAUAAGAUACGAGAAAAUCGACACAUGCUAACCGGACAGACAAGCGUGUGUGAUAAAGUGUCCGAGUUCUUUACUCGUAUACUUAUUCAAAUUGUUGAGCUACACUCUACUGAAGGACGAAUGGGAAUACUUUCCCGCUGUGCCCACAAGUGGGUGGAAGAGAUUGUUUUGUGCAUCGUCCUGUCAGAAGAAACACCAGACAGGAUGAGUGGGGUUCAUGGGGUCAGUUCAACCUCAUACAACCUUGGGGUAGUUGGAAGACAGCAUGCAUCUGGAGAAGGCAUUGGUGCCAUAAUUCUUGGCUGCAUGAAACUGAUUCGACUUCUGCUGAAAGAAGGGAUAAGGAGAUCCGUCCCAUCCGCAACCCACUUUCUGAACUUGCUUAACAAGCAGUUGCGCAGAGUUACGACAAAGCGAUGGAAUCUAACACGUUCUGAAUCUGACGAGCUUCAGAAGUGUUUGUUAAGAGUUGUCCGGUCGAUGCCAGAAAGACCUGCUUCUCCGCUCCCUGUUGUUCCACCCCCAUGUGCCCCAUCAGUCGAGGCAGCUACAAACACUGUUGUUUCCAGAAAUUCAGUGCCAUCCCUAAAUCGGCAACAACAUGAGGACCAGGAGGCAGGUCCGAGCAGAGUAGCAGAUGUAUCUGCUUUUAUCAAAGAGGAGCCAUUUUGGAAUUGUUUGGAUGACAAUUGCGUCUUAGAUGAGGAAAUCUGCAGAGGUCUUCAGGACAUCAUUAAGGCUAAGAAGGAACCCCCUGACCCAGUGUCAAUUUCAAAGCGGAGACCAGCUGUUGAGUUGGAAUGCAUUAAACCAGAUCUGGGUAGAGUGCAGGAAAUUCGGUCCAGAUUAAAUGAUAACCAGAAUUUGUCAAAGAUCAAAGCCAUUGCCAAACAAAAGCCUGGUGAGUCCUUAAAACCUGUAUUGGCUAAAGAGGAAUGUGGUUUUGGAGCUGUUGAGGAGGAGGAGGAGGAUGACGAUGAACCCCUUAAUGUCAGAUGGAACUGUCUGAUAAAAUCUGUCCACAAGGUUGAAUCUAGUGACUCUGAAGUUGAUAGUAGUGCUGUUGGGAAAACUCCUAACAGGUCUAUGCACACCUCAAAAGAAAAUGUGGAGUCCAGUACUAUUGUCAUCUCUGAUGAUGAUGAUUCUGAUAAUGAUGAAAGGCCAAAUGCCAUCCUGAGGUCUCCGGAAGAUCGGGUCUUGCCUGAGAGCCCGGGUCGUGAUUAUGAUGAUCUCAGUGAGUCACAAGUCUUUGAGUUUGAGACCCAGCAAUAUGUGGCAUCUGCCUGGGACGAUUCAGAUUUUGAUGCAUCAGUCUUGCCAAAGAAGCCCCAAUCAGACCUACUACUCAAACCACUGUUGAAAGAACCUCCUCAUGAAGCAUCUCCAUCAAGUUCAGAGACUGAACCAAUUCCAGAUGAAGACAUUGAGAGGGCUUGUCAGCAAGCAGAAGAUAAGAUCAGAGAACAGCAGCAGCCACAAGAGCCAGCAGAUUCAUGUGCAUCUUCACUGGCUAAACCAUCCAGUAGUGCAGAAAACUGGGAUAAAUUUGUCAAACCAAAACCUCUGCCACUUAAAACCCCCAAAACAACUCCAUCUGCUAAGAAACAGCCUAAAAAGCCAUUGAUAAUUGAUGCCCUUGCUCAAAAAAUCAGGCGCCACCCCUGGAAACGCGGCUCCACAUCUCAGGACAUAGAGGAACCUUCGUCUUCAACUACUCCUCCUGCUGUAUCAUCCUCCUCUCCAUCCUCCAGCUGCGUUUCCUCUCCAUAUUUUUCUGCCUCCACAUCACGUGGCACCCCUGCCAUUGUUCCUCCAAAGAAGGUGCGUAAAGUUGUUGAGCCAGAAUCAACAGCAGAGCGUUUGGGUUUAAAAAAGAAGGAACGGAAAGCCUUUGAACUUUCUCAGCGCUCCCUGGAUUGCGUUGCCAAACUGAGGUGCCAUGGCCAGAAAGUGCAGGUGGACCCACAACGGAAGACGAAGCGAGUGUGUCGAGCCGCUAAGACCACUCCACAGAAGCGUAUUGUAAAAGGCAACAAGAAACUUAUGGGAUCGCAAGAUAUUCAGUUUUUCAGGCAAAGUCGUGAGAAGAAUCAGAGGCCAGCAACAACAUUAGCUCCCAAACCAGCGAAGACCAAACAGCCAAGUGAAACUCGCAUGCCGAAACCUACAGUUGCAAGCAGCGAGAGUGGUGAUUUCUUACCCUCUCCUCAACCAGAUCCUGACCAUCAGCAGGAUAAUGAAAAGCCUGCAUCAGAAACCAGUUCUAGAGGUGAUGGGGUUGGAAAUGAUACAAAACUGGAAUCCAAGUACUUCCAGGCAAGCGACACUGCUGAUGUCAACAUGGAGGAGGAACCACCACCUACUCUGGGAUCAAAAGAUGAGGAUGAUGAAGAAUGGAUGUUCCUCACUCAGAUGGAACCCACUGACAUGGAACUGUGCUCUCAAAUGGAGCAGUUUGAGGAGGAAAAUGAUGAAGAACUCUUUCUUACCCAGAGAGAUCCCGUUGACAUGGACAUUGAUACGGAUAGUGAGUCCGAUACCCCAGGCCAACCAGUGUUGGCGCCUAAACCUAUUCCAGCUCCUCCUGGUGGAAAUGAUGAUCAUUUGUUCUUGAAGCCUGGCAUGUCACCUGUGUCUCAGAAAAAAGCCAAACCUUCAACCACAAAAAUAUACACCCCCAGCUCCCGCAGUGCCUCGCUUGUCCUUGAAAUGGAGAAAGGAGCGAAGCCUCCUCCUGCUGCUAAUGUUGCGAAAGCGAAGAUUCCACGACCCCCACCAAUGCCACCUCCAAAAACCUUUCAACCUCUCCCUACUUUACAACCAAAGCCACUUCCUUUACAACCCCUUCCUCCUCCACAACUCCCGAAGCCACUUCCUUUACAAUCCCGCCCUCCUCAACAACUCCCGAAGCCACUUCCUUUACAACAUACUCCUUAUGCUCCUAAGUUGGUCACUAGUUCUAAAAUAAGCUCUACCUCAGAGCCACCAUCUUACAAGGUAUACCAAAGACCUGAGGCUCCAGUUAAUGCUCCAGUUAACAGACCAGCACCCCCGAUGGAUCAAAGUCCGAAGUUUGACCUUUCAGUCUUGACCCAAGCAAUCCUUAAAUGGGAAUAUAGGAUGCUUGAAAAUUACAAAGCAUUUGGGAGUCCAAAUGAUCUGUGCCAACUACCACUAAAGAGAGUGCCGGUUCACUUUCCUACCUACCUGGAGUACUUCAACACCUUGUACCCCCUGUUGCUAAUUAACGCGUUUGAAGAGAUGGCAAAUGAAUGGCUCAAAGAGGACAGAGUCAAGAUUAACCUAACAGUCCAGGGAAUAGAAUACAGCAAUCGCACAGCUAGUGCCAGCUUCACGGCAAGCAUUUCUCCGGAGACUGAUGCUAGACAGCUGUACCCAAAAGAAGAGGACCUUGUGCUACUUUGGUUGCCGGACAACACUGGGGCAUAUGCCCGCAAUGAGCCUAAUUUCCAUGAACCACAUCCUCAUUUCGGUUAUGUCUCUCGGUCCAAUGUGUCCAACAGAGGUUCCAGGUCAAUCCUGAACUUGACAAUUCAGACACGUGGUAAUGUAUCUUCAGUGAAUUCCCAACCGGUGUGCUGUGAAGUCAUUGGAUCGCUGAUCAGCAUAUUCCGGGAGUUCCGUGCGCUGUGUUCCCUGCGGAGUGGACCAAUGUUGCGUCCUCUUCUUGCUCCACAUGCGUCUUAUUUCACGCACACUCUGGAUAGCCCAACGGACCUGGGUUCACCGGAGUUCAACAGGGACCAGGCUAGAGCAAUAGAUUGUGGCCUUGCCAUGAUAAGGAGACCGCAGAAGACCCCAAAAUUUCUCCUUAUUCAUGGUCCUCCAGGAACCGGGAAGAGUAAAACCAUUGGUGGCCUGUUGUACAAACUACUAUCUUCGGGUAUAAACAGUGCUGCUCCUGCUGGGAACCAACACAACAAGUCUCGACGGACACGUGUUCUUCUCUGUGCGCCCUCAAACGCUGCCAUCGACAGUCUGAUGAAGAAAGUCAUUUUGAUCUUUAAAGAGAAAUGCCGAAACAUCAACGCACCUCAAGGCAAUUGCGGUGACAUAAACCUGGUGCGACUGGGAAGUGAAAGGACCAUCUCAAAGUCACUGAAGCCUUUCAGCCUCGACCAUCAGACUAAAGCUAGAGCACAGCGAACCCAGCAAACUGCAGAAGCUGACAUAUACAGGCGGAAGGAGCAACUGGACCAAAGUAUUGAAAAUCUCUCCCAGCGAUGUGCGAAGACCAAGAAGGAUUCUCCUGAUUUCAAGAAGUUGACGGAGCAGAAGUUGCAGCUUCUGAAAGAGAGAGAAAGACUGAGUCGGCAGAUUAAAGAGUGUCGCAGCAGGCGACAGGAAAGUCAAGCUCAUGUGCUGCAAAACGCUCAUGUCAUCUGCUGCACGCUCAGCACCAGUGGAAGUACUGUCCUCGAGAAUGCCUUCCGUCGUCUUGGGCAUGAACCUUUCAGCUGUGUCAUCAUCGAUGAGGCUAGUCAGGCUAAAGAAACCGAGACUCUGAUUCCUAUGGUGUACCGAAGUCCUGCUGUAAUCCUUGUUGGUGAUCCCAACCAGCUUCCACCAACGGUUGUUUCCCAGAAAGCAAAGGAGUUUGGCUACGACCAGUCUCUUAUGGCAAGAUUAUGCAAAAACCUUUGUCAGUCAAACCCACAACCUUCUCCCAUCCUCCUGCUCAGCAUGCAGUACCGCAUGCACCCGGAGAUCUGCGCAUUCCCCUCCAAGUACAUCUACAACAGCGCUCUUAUAGACGACUGGCAGGGGCAGUGCAGACAGUAUGAUCAGGAGAAGACGACUGUGACAGAGUCUGAAUUAAGACUCCCCAGGUCACUGAGAGGACCGUGUGUGUGUGAGACCGCUCAGAAGCGCUGUUCCAACAGCUGGCCCUUCAGGCCCUACAAAGUGUUUGACGUGACAGAUGGAGCAGAGAAGAAGGAGAGAGAUUCAUUUUCCAACCACAAAGAGGUCAAGUUAGUCUUGCUGCUGUUGAAGAUGCUGGGGGAGAAGCAAUCAGUGCGAGUGGGGGUCAUCACGCCCUACAACGCCCAGAAACAACGCAUAACGGAAGCCAUCAGGGGUUCAGGCAUCCAACUUCAGGUGGAUGUCGAUACUGUCGAUGGCUUUCAGGGCAAAGAAAUGGACUGCAUCAUUGUGUCUUGUGUGAGAGCCAGCAAUGAAAAUGGUUCCAUUGGGUUUGUUGGAAAUCGUCAGCGAAUGAAUGUAACCAUCACCAGAGCCAAAUUUAGUCUCUUCAUACUGGGACAUCUACGCACACUCAGGGAACAAAGUGAUUGGGGAGCAUUGAUUGAGGACGCAAGGAGCCGUGAAGCCAUAAUCCAAACAAUGCAAAAAGAUUUCGAAAGCGACGUCAGGAAGAUUCUCAAACCAGAACGAGAGCCGCUGACUCGCAGUCUCUCUUAUCCGCCAGUAGAGAAACCAAGCACUGUAACCUCACCUGUUACACACACACCUGCGGAAACAGGCCCCGCCCCCUUUCCACGCCCCCACCGCGACGCGAGCAACGCACCUGUGCCACGGCUAAUACCUCUGGAUUGCCCUAAUAACCCACGGAUGAGUGACAGGCCCACAGACCCGCGGUUUGCAAACCGACGGCCAAUCAGAGAGCAGAGACCAGACAGAGAUGGGCGGGGCUUGCCAGAGUCCCACCGCUCGACAAACCGAGCUAAUUCGUACGAAGCCGACUCUAGAAGUACUGGCCAUUCCUCCAGAUACUAUUCCAAACACCGCGGUUCUUCACCGCCGAGACGGCACAGGAGAUAAAUGAAUUAUCCCUGUUUUUAUUUGUCAUUAAAGCUUGACGGAAAUGCAUUAAGAGAGAGGUUUUUCUUCCUCAUGUCCUCUUCUCCAUGUUUUGAAAGCCCACUAUGCACAAAGGUCGUUAAACGUCUCUUUCUCUGGCAGUGGCUUAACAAUUAGCUUGACGAAUUAGUUCUAAUCUUGGACUCUUUCUAAUCGUCUUUUGUUGCUAAAUGAAGAACUAUUUUAUGCAUGAACAGGUUUUGGAUUUUUGGACCUUGUGCUUGUAAAUGUGUAUAUAUAUUAAUGCAAUAACUGCACUUUCUUAAGCAGUCGGACUUGCUCAGAAAUAACCAUUUUUUUGGUGUUGAGUAUGUAGAGUUUGUCACUUAUUUGAAUGUAACAUUGAUUUAAAGGUUUUUUCAGGGAUGAUUCGGUGUGUAAAUGUGUUGUGCAUGAAUGCAGUGCCGUUUGUGUUUCACUGGUUGUUUUAUACUAACUUUUAACAUUCUGGAUUAUUUUUGAUUGAGCCGACUGUUAGAAUUUUUUUUUUUGGUAACUGAUUAUAGUCACUUAUUCUGGAGUUAAAGAAGGCCAAAAACAGAACCAGUGUUGCUUAACAUUUUAAUUUCAAAUCUAAAAUGUCAUGUUGUGUUCGAGUUGUGAAUGGGAGUUAAGUUUGAAAGUGUACAGUUGAAGUAUACAAGCCACAGACCUGGAGACUGAGAGAUCGACCUGCUACUGUGGCUUUUUUUUCUCUUGAGUUUUAUCUUUUGUGCGACAAGUUUUACAAAAGUGUAUGAAGAGGACAUUGUUUUGUACAGAUGCACUUUUUGUAGACAGGAAAUUAAAAAAAAGAGUUUCUUUUUUUUUUAUUUA